CUAAAAAACUGAUAAAGAUGGGAAAUUGAAUGGAAGAGGCACCUUCCUUCAAAAAAUUGCAUUUUGGCCCAGAAAACAAUGUAACAAUUAAUGCAUGAUUGCCACUUGUAACAUAAGCAAGCAAAGUUUCACACCCAGAUAUGGUUUUUGGAUGCUUCCUGUGAAAUCACCUUUGUUAUAUACGUGCAGCGGUCCAGGCAAUACUGGGCAACUAUAAAUUGGAGAAAGCUGGUUAGGUGAGGGACCAAUUGUAUAUUUAUAAUUUGUGAAAAGUCAGCGAAGGUGGUUCUUGUUGUAAAUUUUGAAAGAAGGGGUUGGAUGGGUGGAGAGGGACGACAAUACGUGGUGGGUUGAGCACAAAUAUUGGUUCAGAAGCCAAAGACGAGGAAACAUCAAGGUGACUAACAGGCAUAAAUAAGAGAAGCCCAUUUCUGAUCAAGUGCACAUCUUGGUGCUUCUGAUCUUGUAACAGUCUAGAAGAGCCUGGGAAAUUCUGGUGUGCCUCUUCUGUCUUUUUCAAGCACAUUAGUCAAUCCAAUCCUGCUUCCCAAAUAUUGUCUUAUUAAUUGGCAAUGGGGGCUGUAGUGGGAAAGGCCAAUAGUGGGAGUCUUUCGAUAUCUGAAACAAAGCUGGAAGCCAAAAUGGUUGAAGCUAUGCAGCGAAGAGCAGCUAAAGGAAGUGUCAUGAAAUCAUUCAACAGCAUAAUCUUGAAGUUCCCAAAGAUUGAUGAGAGCUUAAGAAAUUGCAGAGAUAUUUUUCAGCAGUUUGAUGAGGAUUCAAAUGGCAUCAUUGAUCAUGAUGAAUUGAAAAGAGCUUUCUCAAAACUGGAAGUCUCGUUUACAGAUGAGGAAAUCGAUGAUCUCUUUGCAGCAUGCGAUAUUAAUGAGGAUAUGGGAAUCAAUUUUAAUGAGUUCAUCGUUCUUAUUUGCGUCGUCUUUCUUCUGAAGGAUGAUCAGAAUGCUGGGCAAAAAAAAGUGGAUAUGGGAAUGCCAAAGCUGGAGGCCACCUUCGAAACAUUGGUGGAUGCAUUUGUGUUCUUGGAUAAGAACAAGGAUGGUUAUGUCAGCAAGAGUGAAAUGGUUCAGUCCAUUAAUGAAACUACGACAGGAGAACGCUCCUCUGGGCGAAUAGCCAUGAAAAGAUUUGAAGAGAUGGACUGGGAUAAAAAUGGAAUGGUGAACUUCAAGGAGUUCCUUUUUGCAUUCACUCGAUGGAUUGGAAUUGACGAUCUUGAGGAUGAGGAUGAAGACUGAAGGUGAAGAGAAGGUUUGAUAAUUUGAGGCCACUUUCUGGUAUUUAGAGCAAGUCAGGGAAGCUGCUGUAUAAGGUCUCUAUGCUUUUACAAUAAUGGCCCAGUUGAUAUAGAGCAUGUAGAAUGAUAUAGAGCAUGUAGAAUGAUAUAAUCAUUCCUUCUUUGAGAUCACCUUGUAAAUAUUCUCUUGCUGUUAAGGAUUCUUCUUUUAGUAGAUACUUUCAUGAAACGCAGUUCUGUGGUAAGAUUUUCGGGA